AAAUUUGGUGGCGCACGCAUGGCGCACAAAGCCAAAGAUAGAGUAACAAAUCAGGAAUUUCCCUCCUGCCACUCCUGAGAGCGCUAGUGAGGACAAAAGUUACGGAUUAAGCGCUUCUCCUCAGAGAGGAAAAAGCGAAAGGCAGCUAAUUUUCCGUAAUCUUUUGUCAGUUUGUCUUCUGUCGUUUCCAGACGCGUUGAGGACAUUAUGUUUGGAAAAAAGUUGUUUGUAUUUCAUUAUGAGUCUGGACCCAUCUGCGGUGCACGAUGGCCUCUUUUAGAAACUUUGAUGGAAUAAACGGCGCACUGCGGGAGAACAACGUUUUAUCAAGAAUACUGUGAUUUUCAAGUUUUGGUUUUAUGACUUUUCCAGCUGUUCGGUUGGGAUUGCUGUCUGUGGUCGCUUUUUCGCUGCUGAGUUUCUCGAUGGCGUAGGCUAGGUGGUGGCAAGAGUUUUUAAAUUACCAUUCUGGACAGGGAUUUGAUAUUUACAAUGCAGAUGCAUCUGGAUUAUGUGCCUAGAACAAAUCGGAGUGUCUGAAAUCCAGUGAAAACCCAUUGUCAUCACUUUUGGAGAAAGGGAAAUGCGGAGUGAAAACGGCGUCUAGAAGGAUGCUGCUGCUUGUACAAUGGAAGUGAAGAACUCUUUAGCUGUUGUUGCGGUGGUUUGUCUCUUCUUUUGCUCCGGUUUCAGCCAAGAACUCAACCCUAAAGGCAGGAAUGUAUGCAAAGCACAUGGAUCAUCAGGAUUUGUUUGCUGCAGCGGAUGGGGGCAGCUAGGGGAUGAAUGCCUGACACCUCUCUGUGAAGGCAACUUCACCUGCAAGGAAAAUGAGGUGUGUGUCAGGCCGAACGAAUGUCGCUGUCGUCAUGGAUACUUUGGAGCUAGCUGUGACACUAAGUGCCCUGCCCAGUUCUGGGGCCCUGAUUGCAAGGGGAAAUGUAAUUGUUACCCCAACGGCCAGUGCGAUGACUUGACCGGUGAGUGUACCUGCAACCACAAUCGUUGGGGACCUAACUGCGAGAAUCCUUGCUUAUGCCAAAAGGGCAAGUGUGACCAAGAGACCGGCAAAUGCACAUGUCACCCCGGCGCCUGGGGUCCCCAGUGCAACAACAACUGCUACUGCAGCAUCAACUCCGUCUGCGAUUCUAUGACAGGGCGAUGCAUGUGCAAUCCCGGUUGGACGGGGAGGAACUGUGCAAUCCAGUGUAGCUGUAACAAUUCACCAUGCGACCAGUUCACGGGACGCUGCCAGUGCCGUGAGAGGCUGUGGGGCCCACGGUGUGAACGAUACUGCCAGUGCGUCCACGGCAAGUGCAACCAGGCGGACGGCUCGUGUACCUGCACACCAGGGUACCGUGGGAAGUUCUGCAGGGAACCAUGUCCUGCUGGGUUCUAUGGUCAAAACUGCAGGAACAGGUGUGGGCACUGCAAGGGCCAGCAGCCCUGUAAGGUGACAGAGGGACGCUGCAUCACCUGUGACAGAGGCUGGAAUGGGACACGGUGUGACCAGCUCUGCUCCAAAGGCUUUUUUGGCGAAAACUGCCAGGAAGUGUGUCCCACCUGCAAAGACGGUCACCACUGCGACCCCAUUCAUGGCAAGUGCUCUCACUGUAACCCUGGCUGGAUCGGGGACAGGUGCGAGGUGCGCUGCCCCAACGGCACAUAUGGCGAGAACUGCGAGAACAACUGCAGUCACUGUUUUAACGGCAUCUGUCACGUUGUCACCGGAGAGUGCCUGUGUGAUCCGGGGUUUUAUGGCACCUACUGCAAUAUGACCUGUCAACCUGGCCAGUAUGGAGUGAACUGCAACCAAAGCUGCUCUUGCAAUGACAAGAACUGUGAUCCUGUGUCUGGUGCUUGCUAUCUCCAGCCCAACCAGCGGAUGGGUGUGAUUGCGGCUGGAACCCUGGUCUCCUUUUUACUGAUUGUCCUCCUCUCGCUGCUGUGCUGCUGCUGCCUCUGUCGACACAAAGACGACCACAACAAAAAAGCCAAGCGGAUCCUGUGUGGACGAUUCAGCCGAAUCAGCACUAAACUUCCCCGUAUUCCACUGAGGCGACAGAAACUGCCCAAAGUAGUCGUAGCCCACCACGACCCAGAGAACACCUUCAACUGCAGCUUCAUCGAGCCCCCCUCGGUGGCCGAGCAGCCCUCCCCCUCCUCCUGGUCGUCCCAGGAGUCUUUCUCUUCCUUUGAGAGCGGAGACGAGGGACCAGUUUACUGUGUUCCCCAUGAAGAAUCUGUGAACGAAAGCAAAGAGAAGCACAGCCCUAGCCCAGCAACAGAGAGGCCAGAAGCUGUCCAUAAUGAGGAGGAUGCAGGGGAGUACACCUCCCUGAAAGACACCAGUGUCACGAAACCAGAAGGCAGCGAGCAGCCCCUACUCAAAUCCUCUGACAGUGAAGGUUCCACCAGUGGCUCUGAGUCCACCACUGCGGCCCUCUACGCCCGCAUUGCACGCCUCUCCAAGCAGUCCAAGGAGGACGAUGGCAGCGGCAAGGAUGGGGAUGGCACUCCUACACCAGAGGCUAAGCGCAAUGGAAAGCCACCACCUUCACCUGGCAAGCCCAAACCUCGCCCACCAGACCCAUCCACUAAGCCCAAAGUAUCUUGGAUACAUGGAAAUACUACAGGGUCUCCCCAGCCAGAGCAGCAGGGGCAGGGGGGAAUGAAGGCACUUGCAGUGCCAAAGGAGAAAAAGAGGAGCUCCAGCGAUGUCUCAGCCAAGAGCGAGGAGCGUCAGAAAAUGAAGGAGAAGAGCCGUGAGCAACAGAAGAAACAAGAGGGAAAGGAGGCAGACGUCAAUUGCUCCCCCAGCAAACACAAACCUCUGCGAGGUAAGAAGUCUGGGGAUGACCACAGCAGUCCCAGUCACAUGGAGCACAUCAAUGGUGUGGUUCAGAAUGCCCUCAAGAAGAUAAGUAACUUCCACAGUUCCUCAUCUGAGAAGAAGAGUGCUGACAGUCCAAAGGAGACCCCCAAGGAGCCACCCAAGAGCCCCAAGGUUAUCCACCCUCAUAUGAACUCUGAGGCUGCCACGCUCCUGGCUGCUCAGCUCAAGGAGAAAACCCAAAGCAUCAACAGGAACGAGGGGACAGGUCUGAUGAAGACCAAUGGUCUCUCCACACCCAAGGGAAACAGGGAGAAACCAACACCUCCACAGAAAGCCAAGAGGACCCCUUCCAGUGGAUUGAACCAGCAGGGCUCCACCAAGCCCCUGCUGCCCACCUCGAGCAGCCUCCAGAAGUUGGUGACACCUGUCACCACCGACCUCGGGACCCCUGAAGCCAAGAGCCCGGAGAAGCAGGACUUGAACGGCUCAAGGGCAGGGGACCCAGCGUUGGAUCCUACACCAAAGAAGACUCCCAUAAAAAAGCCACCCAGGAAGAAAGGCAAGGAGGGUACUUUGGAUACAGCGGAAAAUAAAAUACCCCAGCAAAAGACAGCCAUUAUGCCACCACAGGUAGUGAAAUAAGUGUUUUUAAAGACAAAUGGCCAAAGUUUCUGAUGGAUUUCAAAGAGACUAAAAUGGAUUUGUUGGAAAGUGAACCACAUAGUUUUUCAAUCAAGGAAUUUUAACAUUUUUCUGUGUGAGUAUGCUGUGACUCCAGGACCAGUCAAGAGUGAGAAAGGCUUUUAAAUCAAGGGCGCAGUUGAAUCGUAUUGGUGAGUUGUAUUAUAAUGACCUCUAUACACCAUUGUAUUUCAUUUCAAGAAUCCUUUUUUGUGUAACAACUAUGUAUCAAUCUCACACCACAACCUGUGGCUAAGCUGGACAGUGAGAACAGUGGUGCACAGACAUAAUCCAUAGUUCAUUCAUCUCUAUUCAUCCUCUGCAGUAUGUCCACCACUAUAUUUAUAUAUGGAUUGCUUUUGAGGUUGCAUAACUGUAAUUUGCUAUGCAGGUAUCGGAAAAAUAGCUAGUUUUAUGUACGCUCUCCACAGGUACUAAACGUACUGAAAAUAACAAAGAAAAUUAGAUCCUCUGAGGAUUGCAAGCUAUUUUUAAUGUUUUGUUUUUUUCUAAUUUCUAAGGACCAAAAUGCACAAAUACAGUUCUACCUUAAGUCACCCUAAAUUAGAUAUGAUCCUCAUUCUUGAUGUCAAGACUAUUCUUUGCGGAUGAGGGUCUGCUUAAUUAUUGUCAAUUAAGAGAAAGACUGUUCACAUUUUCAGUGUGAUUUGUUGGAGAACUUUGUCUUUAGCAGAGAAAGCACCUUUUUAUUUUCCUCCUAUCUUGCUACUAGAGCAAGUUUCACAUUAUUAGGAAUGCUUCUCUUUAAUCAACUAAAUUCGACACCCUAAAGUACACAAGUUGGUUUUAAGGCUCUCUCAGUACAGAAAUGUUACAUUUUUGGAUUUAAAGUCUUAGCUCUCUUUUGUCCAACUCUGUCAGACACGGUUUGUUGAAACCCAAACAAGCUCUUUGAUCUUUCUGCAAAAAGGGCUGUUUUAAACCUCUUUCAUGCUUCUGCUAACACCAAAUCACCAGAAUGUGCUCUUACUGUACGUUUUAUUCAGUCAGCUAAACCACUAAACCAAAAGUGAAAUCCCAAGCUAUCCCAUGUCCUCACUUUAUGUCAUGCUUAUAAUCACUUUAAACUCAAUUACUUUCUUUAUAAUACAGCAACAUCUGCAGUUUCCCUAUUCUGUAUUUAAGAAAACAUACUGCAAGACAAUAUCCUCCAUGUAAAUCAGAUGCAAUAGAUAGUUUUGUUAAAGUAAUGGGUAUUAGUAGCAUUCUUUCCAGAUCAGACUACAGAAGGAGACUGCCAUGUGUCUUUAUUUGCUCUUACAGUGUUGUCGAGAAACUAGGUCAAUAUUGCCAUUUUGAGCUCUUCUCAUUUCACAUGAAUUUGUUUAUGCCAUCGGGGUAUUGUGUGGAAAACAAAUCGUCAAAGAUGUUUUGUCCCUUAAGGAUCAUAUUAUCUUAAGAUAAUAGAUUCAUGCUGAAGUAAUAUGGUGCUUUAAUUUCAUUGUUUUAGGGUAAGACUGUAAGGCUAAAUGGUACCGUGCCUCGAGUGUUAAAAUGUGCCUCAACUGUGGAUCAGUUUAUGCAAAAGAAACUAUGUUUGCGUAAUGUUGUUGCCAACUUUUAUUUCAAGUGUCGAGCCUAAAAUAAGUAAACCAAAAAAGGUGGUGGGGUGGGAUACUUAAACUGGACUAAUUCAGUUUGUCAAGAGGAAAAAACGUUUUAUUUCAGUUGUUGGUGGAUAGCUUUUUUGAAAGUAGCACUCAAAACAUGAGCUAUGUACAAUGGAUGAUAGGUAUGUAUGCGGCAGGUUAACGUGCCAUUGGCAUUUUUUGGGCUGAAUAAUAUUUUACAUUCACAGCUAAUUUGAAAAACUGUCCUGGUUUUAUGUGUUUUUGUCAAGGUACAACACAUUUCUUUGGUUAUUUUUUCAACAGUUUCUACUUGUAUACAUUGUGUACUUUUUAUUAUCUUUGUAAGCUGUGCUUAUAUGACCUUUUUAGUUCUUCGGUUUUCCUUGGUGUCAACGAACUGGCUUUCAUGUUGUAUUUGCUUUUUUUUUUGGUAUGUUGCUUAUUUUUGGCUCUGAAGCAAAUCUACAGUAUGAUUAUUUUCCUCCUGUAAAGUUUACAUUGGCUUUGUAAUUGUUCUCUGUUGAUGUUAUUGUUUGUGUAACACUUAACUGCAUGACGCAGAGUGUAAUUAUAUGGCAUUAAUAGCUGCACAGGAAAUCUGUAACCUUCUUGUUCCCUCUGGUUGUUAUUAUUGCCUCCCAUAAAAAAAUAACUCAUACAGAAAGGAUUGUACAAUACUACUAUGAUACCACUGUUGAAACAAUUGCAUAUACUUAAAACCAUAACAUUGUGUAAUUAUGAAGUGGCAAUUUUUAUCUGACUGGCCCGUGCCUGUUUUUAUAGGCUUACAGUGCAUUUUUGUAAAGAAGGGCCUGAAAAGCUGCAACAACGUUACCAACUGUAAGGUAUAUUUUGUCUUUUGUGGUUAGUUUUUAGCAACUUUGAUUUGCAUUUGUGUAUGGUAAUUAAAUUGGUGUUUCCUCAUUUACUUCUUUGGAAUAAAAAAGCAAUACAUGUAGCUCUAGUCAAACCAGAA